AUGUCAUCCAACGGUACUUUACGUUUAGGGUCUACUGCUCCAGAUUUCACCACAGAAACUUCUAACGGCAAAAUCUCCUUCCACGACUACAUUGGUGACAACUGGGCAGUUUUAUUCUCUCAUCCAGAUGACUUCACGCCAGUCUGUACCACUGAAUUGGGUGCAUUCGCCAAGUUGGAGCCAGAAUUUACCAAGAGAGGUGUCAAGUUAAUUGGUUUGUCUGCCAAUGGUACUGAAUCUCAUAAGGCUUGGAUUAAGGACAUUGAUGAGGUCACUGGUUCCAAGUUAACCUUCCCAAUCAUUGCUGAUCCAGAGAGAAAAGUCGCUCAUUUGUUCGACAUGAUUGAUUACCAAGAUGCUACUAACGUUGAUGACAAAGGUGUUCAAAUGACCAUUAGAUCCGUAUUCAUCAUUGACCCAAAGAAGAAGAUCAGAUUAAUCUUGUCUUAUCCUGCUUCUACUGGUAGAAAUACCGCCGAAGUCUUGAGAGUUGUUGACUCUCUCCAGACUGGUGACAAGUACAGAGUCACUACUCCUAUCAAUUGGGUUCCAGGUGAUGAUGUUAUUGUACACCCAUCUGUUUCAAACGAAGAAGCCAAGACCUUGUUCCCAAAGUUCAGAAUUAUCAAACCAUACUUACGUUUGACUGCUUUGGACGUUAAUGAGAAAAACUAA